GUCGAACAAAUGUCAGGACUUUUUGGCGGGAACGCGAGGAUUAAAGUUGUGUGAUUUGUUUUAUUAUGUCUUUUUAGUGUUUCUUCGGGUUUAAAUGUGUAACAGCGGUGGUUAACUUAACUGUUUAAUAUCUGUGAAAGUGCACAAAUAUGGGAAAAUGAAUCAAAGCCGCCGGACGUGACUUCGCGGAAACCUCCAAAAAGUCCACUUAAUAAAUCUCAGUAAAUGACCACCUUUUUACUGAGAUUAUAUUUCAUCCCAUAUUAUCUCUUUUCAUUUCAUACCAUGUUUCAUAUUAAUUAACUUCAUUUCAUAAUAUCAUAUUCCAUGUUAAAAAAUAAUAUAAAAGAUUAGGCCUUGUGGUAUUAUAUCUUAGUUUUUCUAUUUAGAAAAAUAAAACUACUACUUCGAAAGUACGAACAAAUGUCAGUUAAUGUCACAUCACAAUCACAAUUUCACUUUCACGCAAUACACAAGCAAAUAAUAUUAUUCUAAACGAAUAUUCAGUAAUAAAGCCCUUGUUUACGUAAAAUAGGUGCUCACUCAUAUGCAGUACGUAUUAUACAUCAAACAAUUGAAUAAUAAAGUGUAUAUAUUAAAUAAUAAUUAGAAACAGAUUCACAUACAUUUCAAAAAUUCCAAAAUUCCGUUCGUAAUAAAACUUACGAUACAGAAUUAGAAGUCAGAAUUAUGGAUCCAAAAGAAGCGGUUGAACAUUUAGUUGCUCUGAAGGUGAUGAGACUUACAAAGCCAGCAUUGAUAAGCCCUAAUAUCGUCACUUGUGACUCAAAAGAUUUGCCAGGUAAUAUUCUCAAUAAUUAUCUAAAAGAUGAUGCCACAGCAGUCAGUCAAAUGGAAACUCUUGCUGCUGGACAAUUCUUACUACUUCCUCAAAGUUUUGGAAAUAUUUAUUUAGGGGAAACAUUCUCUUGUUAUGUUUGUGUUCACAAUGAAACGAAUCAACCUGUACAAAGUGUCUCCAUAAUAACUAGUCUACAAACUAAUUCACAAAGAAUAGAGCUUACAGCACAGGAGGGAACUACCCCUACUAUGUUGGAUGUUGAUGAAACCCUUAGUGAUGUUAUUCACCAUGAGGUCAAAGAUUUAGGAACACAUAUAUUAGUAUGUGAAGUUUCGUACAUGUCCAACUACAAUACGUUAGCAUCGUUCCGGAAAUUCUUCAAAUUUGAAGUCAUGAAACCACUAGAUGUGAAAACUAAAUUUUAUAAUGCUGAAUCAGGGGAUAUUUAUCUUGAAGCACAAGUUCACAACAUAACAUCUGGGCCCAUUAUAUUUGAGCAAGUAUCUUUGGAAAGUUCUCAGCAAUUCACUGUAAGUUCUUUGAAUGAAGUGAAUGGUGAGUCAGUGUUUGGUGAAGUGACAUUAUUACAGCCACAAGAGAGCUGUCAGUUCUUGUACUGGCUUAAACCAAAGGAAAACAUGGCAAAAGAAGUCAAACCACAUGGCCCUAUGAGAAAUAUUGGAAAACUAGAUAUAGUCUGGAGGUCUAACUUAGGUGAGAAAGGCCGAUUACAGACUAGUCAGUUGGAAGCCAUGGCACUCGAUCAUGACGACUUAAGACUGACAGUUGAACAAAUUCCUAGUAAAGUAUGUGCAGAUGAAGCUUUCACAUUUAAAUGUAAAGUUGUGAAUGCCAGUGAAAGAACUUUAGAUCUCAUAUUAAAACUGCGUUCUCCGCAAGACUCUAGUCUCCUAUGGUGCGGAAUUUCUAACAGAAAAUUAGGGCCUCUAGAACCCGGAAAGACAACAUUCAUAAAUUUAACUGCUUUACCAAUCAACACAGGCUUACAGAAAGUGACUGGUGUGUCACUUGUUGAUUUGUUUUUAAAACGCACUUAUGAUUAUGAUCAUUUAGCUUCAGUUUAUGUAUAUUAAAGAUUUAUUGCAAUUACAUGUAUUUUACUUUAAUUAUUAAAUUUUUACUGAUUGAGAAACUGAACUGUACUAAGAACACGCAAACCAGAACAUAUUCUGUACUAUUUUUGUAAUUUUGUUUUAUAUCAUUUUAGAUUUUGUGUGUUGGUUGAUAUAUACAUAAUGUGGAUCCUUUUUAAAACUAUUUCAUUAGAUAGUGGUUCAGUUUUAAUAUGCAUAGUAAUUAGUACAAGUAUUCAACCUCAUUUCUUGUAACAUGUGGUGGCCUUGGAUUUUGAUGAUCUUUUCAAAUAUGUAGUAUUGUUUUUUCAUUAUUGCUUUAAAUAGGCUGAUGAUCUCAUGGACUCUACGAACCAAAAUGCCACACCCAACUUCAGACAUAAGAUUGAAGUCUCGAGACACAAUCCCACCCUACAAAAUAUGCAAAACACCUCUAUAUGUAGGCUUAUGGGCCUAUACUUUGGUUCUUAAAAAAAAAAAGUGUGAACUCGCCAAAUUUGUUGCAUUUCUAGUAAAGCAUGAAUCCAAUAUAGCCUAAUGGUUUAAUGGAUUAAUGGACCCAAUACAUCUUCGCGAGGUCGAACCAGUUUACGUAGCUCCAUCGUGGCCACCGAAACGGUCAAGCGCGUCAGGUGGCUGGCUGCUCAAAUAAACCUUUUUUCUUAAAAAAAAAUUUAUUCCUUAGAUGGGUGGACGAGCUCACAGCCCACCUGGUGUUAAGUGGUUACUGAAGCCCAUAGACAUUUACAACGUAAAUGCUCCACCCACCUUGAGAUAUAAGUUCUAAAGUCUCAAGUAUAGUUACAACGGCUGCCCCACCCUUCAAACCGAAACGCAUUACUGCUUCACGGCAGAAAUAUCCAGGGUGGUGGUGCCUACCCGCGCCGACUCCCAAGAGGUCCUACCACCACUUGGCGGCCGGUCGCUAAAAGAAGACGCUUAAGCGGCCAACCGCUAGUGAGUAACGAUCCUUGCAAUACGACCUACCUAUAGUGGGUACACCAGAAAAUGCAAUAACAAGGUGCAGUAAUAGAAUUCAGAAAAGACUGCUGUUUAUUCUCGAGUGAAUCGGAAGAAAAUAAGGUGCUAUUCUAUCUAUUUUUUGUAACCAAUCUGAAACAAUUCUGAUGCAAUCAAUUACAUUAAAGAUCCAAAUACAGAACCAAUAAAAUCUAUUCGUUGCACAAAUGAGCAUUCCCAUCAGUCAAAAGUUAGCUUUAGUACAUCUAUUCCAUUACAGUAAUCUUAUCUCAUUUCCAUCUAUUUAAACCAUCCAUCCAUUCCAUUCCUUCUAUUAUUUUCCUAAGUAUUUGCUUUCCGCUUUUUUUAAAUAGAACAUCUCGAGGCGAUUUGGUUUAAACGAUAUAUUUGCACCUUUACAAGGAAGCCAUUUAAAAAUUUGAAAGAAUAUCAUAGCAAAAAAUCUUCAGAUAUUUGAAUGGGGUCAACUUAAUUGAAGUUUAAUUAAAAAGCAUUGAAUUGUUGGUACUAAUAGGUACCAAAUAGAAUGGACUUUUACUUACAAAGAUAAACGUCGCGUAUUACGGCUUAAGCUUUUUAGAACAAAGGUCACUAUGUGCUAUUUGCCCGUUGCCUAGUUGAUUAUGGUAGCCAUACACGUAACAAUAUACUUGUGCAAGUAUAGACUUGCCCAAGUAUAUUGUCACCCCCAUGGAGUUAAUAAGUACCAUGGAGUUAAUAAGUACCUACAACUGGAGUGCUGUCUAAUGCCGAGAAAUCUGUCUCGAAAGAGAAUACUUUUUGGUCGCGGUGUCCUUGUCUAAUGUGGUGACCAUAUAAAAUUUAUUUAUAGGACAAAAUUAUACACAUGCAUCAGUUUUGAAUUUACCUUAAGUAAUUCUGUGUAGCCCUAUGUAAAUACAAAACACAUGCUUGCAAUAGUUUAUUUAUGUAAAUUCAAUUCUAAACAUUUCUUCGUCGUCAUUUUAACUUUUUUUCGACGUUUUUUUUUGGAAAUUGCUGCGUUGUCGAAAAUCUAGCACUGAGUUUUAUUACAAACAUCAUUACCUCAGUUCUAUUACUUAAACUUCCUCAAAUUCAUGUUUAACGUCCGAAUACUCAACCGCGACUUAAAUAUUAUGUUGAACUUAAUUACGCAAUUCCUACUUUAAUGUACUGGCUAAGUGGGCUGUGCAAAUUAAUAUUUGACACACUGAGUGAGACACUGCAACACACAUUAUCGGGUGCUCUUUUCCUACAUUCACAUCUUCAAUUGAUUUAAAAUUACUUGUAUUUUUACUUCUGUGCUAUUUUCAUGACACGUGUAUAUUAAGUCUACUAGUUGCAUUUUAGGAAAUAAAACACAAUGGGUAAUAAAAUGAAAUUAACUAAAAUUCAUUUAUUUGUUAUAUGUAGACAAUUAAAUAACUCUUAAAUGACAAGUCAAUACACAUAACACAACACACAUAGUACUUGAUCUCUAUUUACAAAAUAUUGGUUAUAUUAUUAUUAUUAUUAAGUUCAGUUAAUUUUCUGUAGUCUUAUAAUAUAACAUUUCCUCUAUUUUAAGUAAAUUCUUUUUUUUCAACGAAAUACAUAAUUUAUUUUAAUUAAUAUCUAAGUGGACCAUGAGUAUCAUUAAAAUUUCGCAAUUUAAAUUUCAAUUCAAUUAAAAAUUGCCAUUUUUCUUUAAUAAAUCUUUUAAGUUUUUGUUUCAAUACCUUAACAUCUUGUCGUAAUUUUGCUUUUCUCGGGGUAUUUUUUAUUUCUUGCGUUUGAGUACUUGAUUCCUCUUGUUUGACCUUUAUAUAGGACAUUUUCCAAAAAUUCCAACGUUAUACUUACUAGAAGAUCCUCCUCGUUCGCUUAACGUCAGGCAAAUGAUAUACAUGCUUGCGUGCAACGCUAUUCAAUACAAUAAAAAAGUUCAAAAAAUACCACAUGAUGGCUCUUAUAAUAUGAAAAAUACAUUGCAAAAUUAUAGUUUUCAGGAUUGUUUUUCCAAAUUUAGUCUAUGACAUAGAUUAAGUACAAUUUACAAGACAAAUGGUAUUAAAUAUUAUAAUGAGAAAAAAUAUCUCACAUUUUAAAAAUAUAUGCUCACACUAGUAAAAAUUUAUCAAUGAAUCUGACAUAUGGAAGGAUAUUCCACAAACUGGAGAGGAUUCUCGCUUAUAACCACUUACAAUACAAGUGUUCACCAUGAUUACACGGAAACUUUCACGAUUUUCGAAAAAAAACAAGCCACAAGCUGUAUCAGUGCCCUUUUAACUUCGAACUACAAACAUAAAUAGACGCCAUUUUUCUUUUAAUCCAUUCAUAGCUCUUUUUCGGUGAUGCCAACAAUUAAUCUGGCUUCCCACCAAAUUCAACAUGAAAACCAUCAGAAAUCUACGUACCUACCAUUAAAUUUUCCAUUAAACAGAGUUCUUAUUAAUAUAGAACAAUAAUUUUUUUGUUAACGAGCUUUAUUAAUAUAUGAUGUUCUAUUAAAAAUCAAUAUAUAUCACAUAAUCAAUACUUCUCAUAUAAUUUAUUUUAAUAAAUUGUCAUCAUCAGAAACUAAUUUCACCAUAACUUUGUACGUUUAUUUUGGACCAAUUCAAUUUUUGACGUUGAUGGAAAUUCUAAAUUCUCGCAACAUUUUCUAGUUAAGUUUAAGUCAAAGUCACAUCGUUUAAAUAAUAUGUAUUUAGAUAUAUUAUUGUCAUAAAAUGUUUAAAAUCCUGUAAAGUGGAUUGAUUUUAACCUUUUCGAUAAUUUUCAACAACGCCCAAGCUACUAAAAAAUCCACUAACCACUAAAAGACAUUUUUGAUAACUAAGAUAGGGGGUAAGGGGGGUUUGAUAAAUUACGAGAUUUUGUGGAAAAUCCUCUAAGCUAGCAACACUGCUUUUUGUUUGUAAAAUGUGCGAGAGGGACACCACCACUUAAUCAUUCUCUUUUCAGACCGUUUUUCCUUACAUCUUUUGCUAUUUAAAAAUAAACUUUAAGUCAUAGAGAUAAAGUAUAUUUUUUGUUUUUAUGUCAAACGAAGUAAGCACUCCAGUUAGGAUAGUAACUCUAUGAUAAGUACCUACAACAUAGUAACUCCAUGGUCACCCCUGAGUGACCACAGACGGCUCCAGUAUGAUUGAACGAUAUAAUUUUUAUGAAAGUGAGCAGAGCAUCCGGGUGUGUCGAUGGACGAAGCUUUGGCAAUAGUUGACUUAAUAUUCGCUACCAAAAAACUGAAAAGACUUAAAAGAAAUCGAAAUAUAUGGUGUAAAGACUGGUUAAAAAAAGAGAGCAUUAUGCGCACAUAAAUUUAUUAAAUGAAUUAAAAUUUGCAAAGACCGACUUCAUUUCUGUAAAUAUUAAUAAAUUCCUCUAAAUUGUCUCGAACUCCAUGUCUCUCACUUGUCAUUUUAGUGCGUUUAAACCGACCGCAGUACGUGCGCACGAGCAGGCGGUUACUAUACUACCUUCGAUCAACAAUAGUAACUAGAUUUCGGGUCGGUGCAUAAAAUCCGUCUCGUCAAAUAACAGCGCACUUGAAAUGUGAGCUCUUAUUUUGUUUAGUUCACUUCAAACACAGCCAAUGUCAACCCGUCUCACAAUACCGCAGUGUGUAUUCAAAAGUUGCAAAAAUAAGGCCCGAAAAAGCAAUUUAACGGCCGGAGUAUCUUACUUUCGGUAAGUACAUGAAGUAUAAACUAUAUUGUAAGCUUUAAACUUAUAAAUAAUAUUAAAUUUUGAACAAAAUUACCGAUUUUUAACCACCGCUACAAAUGUUGGCCAAGUCUCGGCCAACACAUGGACAAACUUUUGCUUAACAGAACAGUAAAUGCAUGGAGUAGAUUUGUGUUGUAAUAAUUUUUUAAAAUUUGUUAGCAGCACUUCAAAAUUAGUUGGUUAAAAUUGGUUAAUGCUGCUUUUGUGUCUGUUUGUUGGACUCUCAUUAGAUACUUAGCUUUCCAUUUUUAUUUUAGCUUUCCUAGCAAUCACGUGUGCAGAAUGGAUCUCGAUUGUCGCCAGAGAAACAAGAGAUGACUUUUAUAAGCCAGCUAAGAACUCCGCUUAUUGACACUGGACAUCUUUGCCUUCCGUGCUCACGGCUACUGAAAUGUGGCCGAAACAUUGUAAUAAAAAUACCACGCUUGAAACCGUUUAAA